GUCGGCUGGCAUCCCUUUCACGCAGGUGCCGACGAAACGUGGCAGGUCCGUAUUGGGUGGGAUCGCUCCACCAAGCAGCCCAGAGUGAGACGACGGCACAAUGCGCCAGUUGCGAAAUCGCCAUGGCCGACACCGCCUCGACCAUCCCGCCGCGGGCCGAUGACCCAGCGUACAACCACGAGUAUGCGACUGUGAAUGGCAUCCGCAUGCACUACAUCGACGUUGACCCUCGAGACGGGGUGCCCGUCGUUCUGGUCCACGGGUGGCCAGAUCUGUGGUACGGCUGGCGACAUCAAAUCCAAGCCCUCCGUGCAACCUACCGAGUGAUCGUUCCAGGUGUUGUUCGCGUCCCCUUCCACCCACAUCUUCCAACGCUCCAUCUAGACAACCGCGGGUUCGGCGAGACCGAGUCGCCGCUGUCGCCCGCCUCGUACGGCCGCAAAACCAUCGCCACCGACCUCGUUCACCUGCUUGACCACCUCGACAUUCAACACGCGGUGUUUAUCGGGCACGACUGGGGCGGCGUCGUCGUGUGGCGCAUGUGCCAAUACUUUCCCGAGCGAGUGCUCGCCGUCGCGUCCAUCUGCACGCCGUACGUCCCUCGACCCAAAGCACUCCUGCCUUGGGCGACGUUCCUGGAUCACAUGCCCAAUUUCAAGUACCAGCACGUCCUCGUCGCCCCAAACGCUGGGGACGCGUUCGACAAGCAUGCCCGCGCCGCGUUCCGCUACUUGUUUGGGACGCCCGUUGCCAACGACUUUGGAUCCUUGUACGAGAAUCUCGUCCAUCUCGACAAGCUCGAGUUCGCUCCGGGCGCGACGUCGCCGCUCGUCGACGAGAUCGACUUGGCGUAUUACGUCGAGCAAUACACCAAGCGCGGGUUUGCCACGUCGCUGCACUGGUACAAGCAAUACGAGCGCGACUGGGACGAGUCGGCGAAUGCCCCGACCGAGCUCCGCCACCCCGUGCUCUACAUCGGCGCGGGCAAAGACAUCGCGCUUCCCCCGGCUCUCAGUGCUGGCAUGGAACGAGUCAUCCCCAACUUGACACGCCGCGUCAUUGAGAACGGCGGGCACUGGCUCGGGAUCGAAGCCCCCCGCGAAGUCAACCACAUGCUCUUGGAAUGGCUCACGCACGUCAUGCCCCCGACAUCGCCUCGGUUGUAGUCGUCCUCCCGACUCGACAUUGCCUAACCUGGAAUGCAAUUUGAAUCGUCCCCCGUGCAGUCCGCGAAUCCCA